CCCGACGGCCCGACGAAGGAAGCGCCGACGGGAGGAGCGAGUGCGUGGAGGGACUCGGGUCAAUAGCGGGCGUUCUGGAUAGUUCCUCUUCUAAACGGUGGAAAUGAGUGAUUCCGAGCUACCAUCGGGGUGGGAGAAGCGUGUCAGCAGGUCUACGGGCCAGUGUUAUUAUCUAAAUGUGUACACCAAAGAGAGCCAGUGGGAUACGCCAACAGAACCAGCGAAACCUGCUGGUAAUAGUGGAGAUGGACCUGACCGUGUGCAGUGCUCACAUUUGCUUGUGAAACAUGCAGGGUCAAGGAGACCAUCAUCAUGGCGGCAGGAAAAUAUCACAAUUUCAAAAGAAGAGGCACUAGCAAAACUGGAAGCUUAUCGUGCAGAAAUUACAUCUGGGCAAUCUUCAUUUGCUGAACUAGCCAGUAAGGUGUCUGACUGCAGUUCAGCAAAGCGGGGAGGUGAUCUUGGUCUGUUUGGCAGAGGUGCAAUGCAGAAGCCAUUUGAAGAGGCUGCAUUUGCCCUUAAGGUUGGAGGACUUAGCCAGCCUGUUGAUACUGACUCUGGUGUCCACAUCAUCCUCAGGACAGCAUAAUUAUCUUAAGAAUUUCUGUUAUAUGUUAACAGGCAAAUUUUAUUCCAGAUUGUUUUAUCAUGGAUCAGACUAUAGAUGUUAAGGUAUUUCUUAUUAUUAUUUAUGAAAAUGACCAAGCACAUGGACUUAUUAACUAACACUGCAAAAUAAGAAAAAAUGGUAUAUGUUAGUUACAUAAAUCAUGCAUGGUAGAUCAUAAAUCCCUUAGCCAAUAAAAUUUCAUGUUCAAA